AUGGGACUCAUCACCGACUGCAAAUGCAUAUUCUGCGAUGAUCCGUGUGAAACAAGGGAACAUUUGUUCAUCAAAUGCCCUGUGGCUGAACAAUUAUGGAAUGUUGUUUUCUCCCACUCUGGUCUUCAUUUUACUGUUCACUCUUGGGAUGCUCUUAUUGCUUGGGCUUGCUCUACUUGGAAGGGGAAAUCACUUCUAACUUCCAUCAUGAAACUCGGCUUUACUGCCCUCAUCUAUAUCCUAUGGGACGAACGCAACAAACCGUUGUUUCAAGGCCGAUUCAGAAACUCUCAAGAUCUCUUUCAUGCCAUAAAGGAUAUAGUUCGGUUACAACUGCGAGAUAGGAACAUAAAUAGGAAUGACAAUGUUAAUAUUACUCUAGUUGAACAUUGGGAUAUAUAUUGA